UCUCCGGAAGCGUGUCUCUUAUUGUUGUUGGAGUCAGACAGCGUUUUAAUUUCACUGUUAAAAACAUGUCGGAGCGGAAAGUAUUAAAUAAAUACUACCCCCCGGACUUCGACCCCUCGAAGAUCCCGAAGCUCAAACUGCCCAAAGACCGGCAGUAUGUGGUGCGGCUCAUGGCUCCCUUCAACAUGAGGUGUAAGACGUGUGGUGAGUACAUCUACAAGGGGAAGAAGUUCAACGCGCGCAAGGAGACUGUGCAGACUGAGCUGUACAUGGGGCUGCCCAUCUUCCGCUUCUACAUCAAGUGCACGCGCUGCCUGGCUGAGAUCACAUUCAAGACAGACCCAGAGAACACGGACUAUGCCAUGGAACACGGAGCCACACGCAACUUCCAGGCAGAGAAACUGAUCGAGGAGGAGGAGAAGAAGCUGCAGAGAGAGAGGGAGGAGGAGGAGCUCAACAACCCCAUGAAGGUGCUAGAGAAUCGCACCAAGGACUCGAAGCUGGAGAUGGAAGUGCUGGAGAACCUGCAGGAGCUGAAAGAGUUAAAUCAGAGACAGGCGAGCGUGGACUUUGAGGGCAUGCUGCAGGUCCACCGUGAGAGAGAAGAGAGGGAGCGAGAGAGGCAGGAGGAGGAGGACGAGAGGGAGACCAGAGCGAUGCUGGACAGAGCGCUGGUCAAGCGACUGCAUGACUCCGACUCGGACUCUGAGGAGGAGAGCAGGGGACCCCCGGGGAGCAGCGGCAAGCCCACCGACAUCCUGAGCCAGAGUCCGGCCGGCCCCGGGCCCCAGCUGAAGAAGCCGAAGCUGGAGAGCUGGGAGUGCAGCGUGGGCAAGCUGGGGGGGGCCGGGGGCCUUGCAGGGCUGGUGCGCAAGAAACAGAGCACCGCAGCACCCAUGGAGAGGAACCCAGUGACCCAGCCAGACAGGACCCAGACAGGACCAGGCUCCUCCCCCGCCCCCCAGAACAGGGUUUCAUCGCUGAGCAUGCUGGGACUGUACACCGACAGCGAGGAGAGUGAGUGACAGAGAGCUGGAACCAGAACCAGAAGCAGAACCUCAGACAGACAGACAGACUGAGAUCACAAGAGAGGUCUGGACUGUGUUUGAGUUCAUUCAGACAUGAAAACAAUGUCUCUUCCGAAGACCUUACUGCCAUGGACUGUGCAAAUAUUAUGUGGAUUUUCUAUAUUGUGUGUGUUUCUUUAUAGUGACGCAAUGCAGCUGACUCGCCCUCGCUGUCUGUGAAGCCUUGUUUGGCAUGCACACACUGAGACACACACACACACACUCUGACAUGCACACGCUGAGCCAUACACACACACACUCUGACAUACAAA